CUAAUGACUAAUGAUUAAAAAAGAUACAGUUUUAAAAUCGGUUACAGGCUUACAGCUGGCAGUUACACGUUCCACAAAAUGACUUCUAUCUCCUCCUUCUCUCCUCCUCCGUUGACGACGUCGUCGUCUUCCGCCACGCAGCAGCGCCGGAGUUGUGUACGUCGUUCAUUCAGGGGCGGCGCGUGCGUUUCACUUUCAUCGGUCACCGUUUCGUGUUCGACGAAGGAGCCGAAAGUUGUUGUAACCAGAGAACGCGGGAAGAACGGAAAGCUCAUCAAUGCUCUGGUCAGACAUGGGAUUGAUUCUCUUGAGCUUCCUCUCAUUCAGCACAUGCACUUACCUGAUCUAGACAGGCUCACUUCUUUAUUAAGUGAGGCCACGUUUGACUGGAUUAUCAUUACUUCACCAGAGGCGGGAAAGGUUUUUCUUGAUGCUUGGAAAGCUGCUGGGACCCCAUCUGUCAGAGUAGGAGUUGUUGGAUCUGGUACAGCCAGCAUAUUUGAUGAAGCUGUUCAGUCUUCAAAGCAGUAUCUUGAUGUGGCAUUUUCACCAUCGAAGGCAACUGGCAAGGUUUUAGCUUUAGAGCUUCCGAAGAAUGGGAAUGACAAGUGCACUGUUCUCUAUCCUGCUUCAGCAAAAGCCAGCACUGACAUCGAGGAAGGACUUUCUGGGCGGGGAUUCGAGGUUACUCGGCUGAACACUUACACAACGGCACCAGUCAAUCACGUUGAUCAAUAUCUUCUUGAACUAGCACUCUCUGCUCCCGUUGUUGCUGUAGCAUCUCCUUCUGCCCUCAGGGUAUGGGCUAAUCUUACUGCAUCGAGACAGUGGGACAAUGCUGUUGCAUGUAUUGGGGAGACAACAGCUUCUGCAGCUAAAAAACUUGGGUUCAGAAAUAUAUACUAUCCAACAAGUCCUGGUCUUGAAGGGUGGGUAAGCAGCGUUCUGGAAGCAUUAGAAGUUUACGAGCAAGUUCAAAAGGUCUAAAGAUUCGUGCAGUGUGGCUCCUGGUAUUUUCUGUAAUAGCUGCAUCUUCACACCUCGGCUAAGAGGACUCUGGUUCCACUCCAUUGGCAUCUUUGCUAUGACAAAGCUGAUUAAGAGCUUUUCAUACUUGCAGCUUCAACACUGUGAAGUAUUUUGAGAUCUGUGUCAUUUCUGUGUAGAAGCGUAGAAGUGUAGGAUCUAAUUAACACAGCUUAUGAGGAGACAGUUUUUGUCGUGCGGAGGUGUUCCCCACUUGUCUAGCCAACAUUUUUUGUGAGGUAAGGCUGUCUUCCUAGCAUAGGAUCUUUCCACUGUAAUUGUUCCAUAUGUAGAUAUAUCCCCUUAUUUUCGCUUUAUAUUUUCUGUAAUAUUUACAUGGCUUGAAGCUUAUUGUCUUCAGAAUUGACAAAAGCCGGUCUCCUCCCGGUUCAUACUCCCAACACAAAUUUCCUCAAAGAGAGACAUCAAGGCUAAAUGUAUUUAUCUAAUAGUAGCCAUAUUCCUUAUAGUGCAUAAUGUGUUGAUUUUUGUGUUCUUAA